AACCUCGGACUGGCAGGAAACAUAUCGGCGUCCGAGGUAUCUUGUAGCGAUCAUCACAGUGAAGACGAGAGAGGCACCAUGUCAGACUACUGACAUCGGGGUCACGCGAGUUGCAUAAUCACCAAGCAAAACAUCAGCCACGCAAUCUGUACCACGAUUCAUUCAAGAAAUAACGGACGUUUAUGCGAGGGAAGGUGAAAGCGUGGUGUUCGAGUGCAUGUAUUCCGGCAAUCCUGCUCCAGACGUUGUAUGGUACAAGAACGACAAGCUGGUGAUGAACACGCCGAACGUAAAGGUGCGUAUCUUCGAAGAAGACAGGAAAACAUCGCUUCUUAUCAAACACGCGACCGAAGAAGACGAUGCCACUUACGUUUGCAAAGCCACCAGCGAAAUUGGAUUGGCCACCACAAAAGCUAAGCUGCGCGUGACAGACAUAACGGGUGACAAUAAGUUCUAUGAGGAAGAAGAAGUUGUCGAGGAAGAGAUCAAAGAAGUCAAACCGAAACCGAAGAAGAAGAAGCCCGAGCUGAAGAAGGCCAAGGAAACGAAGGAGAAGAUCAAAUCUGAGCGCGUGAAAGUUGACAAGAAGGAAGUGCGCAAAGAGAAGUUGAGUCCUAAAGAACAGCCGGAAGAAAAGAAAAUCGUCGACAUCGAGGAAACGCAGGUACUAGAGUCGACGGAAAUCAUCGAAGAGAAGCCUACAGAGGUAUCGCGAGCAAAGAAGAUAGUACCGGUGCAAGAGCCAGUAAUGACAGAAGCAACGCCGUCCUUGAAGAAAAUCGACGAUCAGAAGCCUCGAGAACUGGCCCCGAAGCCCGAGGAGCGUGCGCAGCGUGUGGUGGAGGAACGCGAAGGUGUGGUCGUCGUCUCAGAGGUGACCACCGAGGACCUAGCGCCGGACUUCGUAGUGGAAUCCAUCGUGGACCGUGCCCAGAUCACCUCUGAAACACUGGAAACCGUCUCGAUAUCCGAGGUCCACACGGAAACCAACGUGCAAGAGGUCAGGCGAAUAGAAGCGAAGCAAAGAAAAGCAAAGAAGACCGUGGUGACCGAGGAAGAGUUAUUCGAGGAACAGCCUAGGAAAGCUAUCGUAGAAGAGAAGCCGAAGAAGAGGAAGAAGGACAAAGUAAAGAUAAGAGAGGAAAUCUCAAUCGAGGAAAUCGUGGAGAGAGAAAGAGAGAACAUCGCUAGAGAGGUCGAAGAGAUAAUGGACACGCUCCACGCAAAGGAAUUCGGUCCUGGAGAGGCUCCUCUUCGAGAGUUAGCUACCAUAGGUUUCCUGGUGCGCCAAGGUGUCACCGUGAACGAGAUCAACGAGAGCUUGUACAGAACCGAGAACUUCCCUGCGCUGAAGACACCCGAGGCGCAGAACGCUCUUGUCCAGUUGGUGGAGAGGGAGGGCCACGGUCCAUUGAUCACACAAGUCUUGACAGAGGAGACGACUACAGAUGAGAGCGUAGUGGCUGCCACCGUAGGCUUCCGUGCGUUCAUGAGGAUGAUCGAGCUGCAACACGUCACCGUAGAGGAGGUGCUCACGCACUUCGCGCCGGAGGACUUCCGGCCACGCGCCUGGGAGGUCACGGAAGCUACGGAAGUUGAAACGGAGGAACGUGUCACGGAACGAGUGGAUAUCGUCCGCAAGACGGAGGUCCAUAUCAUGGAGAGGAGGGACGAAAGAAAAGCCGUCCGCACGCAGGAUAUUCGAGACAUUAAAGAAUACGAGGACACACGGCAGGCACACACAACACUGCGCGAACAGAUCGAGGAGGGGAAGGAAGAUAGGGGCGAGGGGGUUCAGGUUGUAGAGACGAUCGAAGAAGUCGAGGAGAUCGAGAAGAGGAAGCGAAAGGACGCGGAGGAAAUCGAGGAAGAGAUAGAGACCGUUAUCGUAGAAACGGACAAGAAGGGCAGACUGACUCGAAAGCAAAAGAAAGUUGAUGAAAUUGAGAAACAUGUAGACGUACAGGAAGAGGAAGAGAAAGAAGAAGAGGUUGUAGAGGAAGCUCGCAAGGUACUGAAAGCGAAAAGACCGCAGGUCGGCCGGGAUGAGCUCGAGUUAGAGGAGAUCGAAGAAUUCGAAGUGAAAGAGGACAAGUCGGUUGCCUCUAUCAUGCUGAAUGUCCCUAGCCAGCGUCACCAAAUAGUGCCAUUAGACCAGAUCACUGAACAAGCACCUGGCAAACCGGAAUUAGAAAAAGCUAAGCUCACGAUGGACACCGUCACCGCCUUGACAGAGCAACUGGUACCUAUUCAAGAGAAGGAAACGGACAUCAGCCAGGUGAAGCCUGUCGAACGCAAGGCGUCCCUUUCGAUCUCACCUGUUGAACCAUACUCGACCACUGAGACAACUGUUCAAGCGUCUACUGGAGAAUUUUCUGACACUUUCAAACCGAUAUCUUAUGAAGCCACCCCAGGGAUAGUCCCUAAGGAAGGUCUAGUCGUCAGUGAGAUUCUGACAAACGACGCUAGAGUGUCGAGUCUGACAACGGUUAAGCAGGAACUUAGCAGGACGGCAGACGUCAGCAUGACUGUUCAAGAAGCUACCACUGUUUAUGAGACAAUGGUCAGUCAGAAGGAGGUGCCAACUGAAGACUUCGUGACUCCUUUGGCUGCUGAGGCUGAGAAGACUGUCUUAUCACAGAUAGGAUUGUCUGUGUACGAGGUGCAAGAGGGGUUGGUAGAAGAUAAGUUAGAGCCUUUGAAGACAGCACCAGCUAAACCUAGAGUGAAUGUCACCGCUGUGGAGCCACUAGUUGUCGAAGAAGUUCGGCCAGAAGAUAAGCCAGGAAAAUACUAUCCGGAAUUAAUAGUUCCUACUGAAAUAGCUACCCAGACAGUGAUCUCUCAGAAGCAACGGGUGACGGAAGAAAUGCACGCGCCAGAGAAAGAAGGUGAAUACGUGCCAGGCAGACUGCCACCUAGUCAAAAGGCUCAGGUUGGUAUCUCUUAUGGCAACGAGACAGCUGUGAUCGAACAAAACGUUAUUCAAGAAAGCGAGGGAGUGUAUGUUUCCGAGAGGAAGGUGGACACUUUCGAAGCUAUGCCGAAUGUUACCCUACUAGAAGGAGUCUCUGUGUCCACAGUACAGACUCAAGAUACUGAAACCGAUUUGACGAUAGAAGAAACUAAGAAGGUAGAGGCUGAUUUGAAUAUUGUCGAAAUAUCAUCUGCAGUGACUGUGGAGACUGUUCCAUCGGAGAAGGAGCAAGAUUAUCAGCCAGGCGACAAACCAGCGACCAAGACAGCCGAGACAUCUAUAUCUUCUCUAGAGAUAGGGUCUAUCUCUAGCACCAUUAUUCAAGAAUCUGAAGGGAUCUAUCAACCAGACCAGAAGCCUACCAAAGUCUUAGCAGAGACUUCGAUCAGACCGGAAGAACAUGUCAUGGUCUCAGAGAUUCAUACAGCCGAUUACCCGUCAGACUUUAAAGACGAACUGAAGUAUGUACAAGAAAGUGGAACAGUGACGGUACAGCUGACAGAAGCUAAAGUAGUGCAAGAAACUCUGAUACAUGAUCAAGAGACAAAGAUGGAGGAAGUGGUGAAACCAGAAGAAAGAGUAGUGGAUACCAGCUACGACGCCAUCAGAAGUGUAGAAGUGUUCCAGACAACGUCAGUAGAAAAGGAAGCUGACCUGAAGAUCUUUGAGAUGCCAGAGUCCCAUAGAGGAAAGACUGUACCCACACACCCCGUUGUCUCUUUGGAAGUAGAGAUGACACAACCAGAGGACAAUUUGGGAGAAAUUUCGAAGGACGCUCCAUCAUCCGGAAUAGCUAAGAUAAUACCCAUCAGCUUGCAAGAGACUGUUGUAGAUGAAACCGUGGUGGCUGAAGACUUAGCUACCGUUCAGAAAGACAAGGUUCCUGAGUCUAAAGUAGCUGAGGUGAUGUUAAAUGAAAUCGAGAGUCUUCACACUACAAUGGUUGUUGCCAGCGAGAAGGAAGCUGAAUACACUGAGAUUUCGGAGGUAAAAGGCGCCUAUGCCAGUACUGAGUUCGCCACUCAAGUAGCCCCGGUGUUCGAAGAAGUCAGAACACAUUCACCAACUGGAGAAUACGUGCCAGAAGAGACACCGGCUUCUGGAGUGGCUCAACCAUCUCAUGUGCAUUUGGAGAGUUUAACAAUAGCCAUGCAAGAAGUCGCUGAAAAAGAAGAUCUCUAUAAAAUAGACGUGAAACCUGAUGGCAAGACAGCAGUAGUAGAACUGACGGAGCCUAGACCAGGUGCCACUGUGUUGGAAAUAAUUCCUCACGAUAGGGAGAACAUUUACAGUCCAGACGAAAAACCACAGGACUACACGGCACAGCCACUGAUAUCAGGUCACACAGUAGCGCUAAAAUCGGAGACCUUAGUAGAGCAGAGCACCGCCGAUAUCAGUACUGAACAACCAAAACUGGGAACAGCUGUUCCUCAACGAGAUGCUCUUGAAGAAUUAAUUGUAACUGAAACGAACAUCGCUGAAACGGAGAAGAUCAGAGAGGAGGACACCAAGCCAGUGACACAGAGUGCAGAAAUGGAGAUCUGCUCUAAAUCCGAAAAACUCACAGUAACCGAGGUGAUGACCGUGUUAAGCGAGGAGAAUCUUCAAGUUGAAGAUCUACCGAAGGAAAGACAAGUCACUAUGGCAAUUACUGGUGGACACGAGGUAGCCGAAAUGGAGGAAACUAUCAUUGCUAACAACAUUGAUGUCUUGAAGGAGGAAAAAGCGAAAGAAGAGCACGCGAGUCAACAACAAAGCGGACUGGAAGUGGUAGAACAGACAGAAGUAUCAGUGUCCGAAAAGGAAUCCACUUUACUGGAAGACGUUAAACCUGACACCAAGAAAGUAGACGUAGUCUUCGAGGAAGGAGAAGGUAUAGUUGUCGGAAUGACAUACCCAGAAGACAAAGAAGGAAUAUUCACUGGAGAAGAGAAACCUAAAAGCAUGGAAGCUACCGUAGACAUCGUUGCUCAAGGAGUAGCAACUACUUUCGAAGUGACCAGUGACACUGGACUGAGCGAGUUAUUAAAAGAAUCAAUCCCUGAGACUAAGCCUAAGACUACAAUACUACCAAUUGAAGCUGCAAUAUCAGAAGAAGUCCAAACUCGAGAGACCGAGGCACCAUUUACUGAAGUCAAACCAACUGACAAAACAGCUAAACUCGAGUUUGUCACAGGAGAAGGCUUGAUAGUCUCAUCCGUGACAGCUGGGGACAAAGAAACUAGCCUGCCAGAAGCAGAGAAGCCAGAAACCAAGUCAGCCACGUUCGACAUUCCAACUCACAUCGUGGCAGAGAUCAGUGAGACAACAACCACUGAUAACGUUGAUCUGCUAAAACGCGAGGAAACGACCUCUGCUACAGCCACCACUGAUCACAUCACUUUCCACAGUAUGAUCACUACUGAGACAGCUACUGGCGAUUUAGAGAAGCCAAUGGAAGACUUUGUGCAGCCUGAUAAGAAGAUCGUCGAUGUUUCCUUCGAAGAAGGUAUAGGAGUCACUGUAACCGAGACAAUCGUGUCAGACAAGGAGAAAGAAUACUUCAAGAAGCUCGAACUUCACGGAGAACAAGCUACUCCAGCCUUCGAUGCGCACAAAGUCGCUCAGUCAAUGGAAGUCACACCAUCAGAUGUCUCCGGUGACUUGACCGUUCCGGCGCCAACUACAGCCGCUGCUAAAGAGGAGACACUACCGUUCGAGAGCAUCAUGCAGACAGAAACUAUAGUUUCUGAAACCGAGAAAGAAUUCAUAGAUAACGCAGUAGUGUCUAAUAAAGCUGAAGUAUCCAUCAACGAGAUAAUCAGCGCUACGACUACCACUGAAAUACCAGCUGACAAGGAAGAUGUUCUUCGCAUCCCUGAGAAACCUUCUGAAAAACAAGCCAGUAUUCAGCUCGCUGGUCACGUGAUUGCAGAGAAGACCGAAGUCACUGUGGACUCUAGUGCAGGCAAAUUAGAGGAACUAAAGCCAGUGUCAGCUUCGGCUGUUCCAUCGAGUGUUCCUCUAGAGGCAGUGAUCAGUUCAGAAACACAACCUACAGAGGCGGAAGGUGUGUUAAGUAAGGAUAAGACGCCAACACAGGCUUUGGCGGAUCUCUCAGUAAUUGAAGAUCAGAGUAUUCAAGUGUCUACAGUAGUUUUAGAGGACAAGGAGGAAGAAUAUAAGACCACAGAAUUGCCAGAAAUGAAGACUGCAGAUAAAAGCCUAGUCGGUGGCCACGUGGUCGCGCAAACGACAAUGCAGGUGGUUGAUUUUAGCACUGGAGACUUCGUUGACGAGAAGCCAUCAGAAGCUACAGCUAUUCCAAAACAUGUUCCCUUCACUCCUUUGAUAGAGUCGCAAGCGAUUGUCCAGGAGAGCGAGGACAAAUUCGUUCCGGGAUCGAUGCCUGAGAACAAGAAAGCGGUGGUAGACCUGGAGGAAGGUAGAAACAUUGUCACAGUGUCCCAAGUGACACCAGCUGACAAGGAGUCUCUGUACAUUUCCGAAGAAGCGCCGUCGAAACAUGCUGCGUCAGUCGGAUUAGACAUUAUUCACACGAUCGCUGAAACAACUAAAGUUUCUAUCCAAGAUUCUAUAGCUGAUGUAACUCUAGAGAAACCAGACGCAAAGAAAGCACUGCCGACGCAGGAAGUGUACCAGAGUGUCCUGGUCACACAGGACAUCGUCCAAGAUCAAGAGGACACUUUCGAGGGCAAAUUCAAGCCAACUGUGCAACAGGUAGAAAUCUCCAUCGAAGAAGGCAAACGCGUGACCACUGUGACGGAAGUCAGCGCUGUUGAUCGGGAAGGGGUCCUGAAGACUGUCCUAGAAGAAAAGACUCGAUCAGCUGUACCGGCGAUAGUCUCUGGACACGAGGUAGCUGAGAGAUCCGAGAUAAUUCCACAAUUGAGUACUGGAAAAGUGGACGUCAUCAAACCCACAACAGCUACAGCUCAAGUUGGCCAAAAACCUUUCGAGACAGUAGAGACAAUAGAACAGGUGCUGGCCGAGAAAGAGGUGGACAAAGUUGAGGAACUAACUUUGCUAAAGACCAGUGCUCGUGUGACGGUAGAUGAGAACCGAUUCAUCGCUAUCACAGAAGCAACAACCACCCAAGAUGUCGAGGCUGAUUUAUCGGAGAUGAAGAAACCUCGAGAAGAAACCGCUAAACCAGCCAUGGAGGGCAAGGAAGUCGCCGAGCAGAUGGAGGUCAAUCUUAGAGAAGGUCUUGGCGAAGUACCUGCACCUAUAAAACCAACAGCUGCCGAAGCACAUCCCACUCAGACAACUUUGGAGAGUGUUGAUGUCAGCGAAACUGUGCCUCAAGAACACGGCACCGUUUUCGAAGAGAAAAUGAAGUUAGACGAACGUAGCGCCACUGUCACUUUCGUUGAAGGCAAGAGUAUCACUGUUGCCCAUGUUAUUACCCAAGAUAAAGAGGACACUAUGACUAUUGAGAAACGUGAAGAAAACAAAGCUGAAGUAACUCUGACGAAGGUUGGCAUGGAUAUCGCACAAAAAGCUGAAGUGUUCGUGGAUCAGAGCACUGGAGAAGUUCGACCUUUAGAGAAGCAUGAAGCUAAGGCACAGCCUACAAGAGACGCUCUGCAGCCUGUUAUUGUAGAAGAGACACCUAGUGCGGAGAGCGAAGGAACCUUUGACAAAUAUCCAAAGGCUGUUACUUCUACUGCAACAACAACCUUCGAGGAAGGGCAUGGUGUCUCCGUGACGGAGGUAACAUCUGCGGAAGUAGAGUCAAUACUAAAAGAAAAGAAGCUAGAUGUUACUCAAACAGCUACCAGCACGAUCAUUGCUGAACGUAGUAUCCUGGAGACAACGAUGGUUGAAUCCCAAGUGAACAUCCCUGACAAGACCCAAGAAAUCACUAUGACUCCACAGGUGGCUAUUCCAGGUCAGGAGACCUUCGAGAGUAUCAUCGUCAGAGAGAAUAUAGUGGAGGAAACUGAACAAACAUUUGAGGGUGUAUUCAAGCCACAGACCCAGAAGGCUGAUAUAGACAUCGAAAAGGUAAAGUCUCUUCAAGUGUCCGAGACAAUCAGUGAAGACAAAGAGACUACCUUUGAUGUGGCCCCUAAACGCGAAGGUGUCAAAGCUACUCAAGACAUUAGCCUCCAUGAAACAGUAGUAGGCUCUAUGACGGAAACCAUUCAGAGCAUCCAAGAAAUUCAAGAGGAAAAACAGAUGUCCACACAAGCGACUAUGACUCAGACAUUGAUUGAGACCGCGGUAAAGACAGAGACAACUGUAGGAGAACGCGAGGAAACGUUCGAAGGAAAGUUCAAGCCUGAGGAACAAAAGGGCAAACCCCAGUUCGAGGGACUAAGCACUGUAAUGGUCACCGAAGUAGUUUCCAAUGAAAUCGAAGACGUUCUACCAACUGACGUUGCUCCCAAGACACAACAAGCACAACCUAGCCUAACAGGUAGAGAGGCUCCAGAAGUCUUACAGGUAAUCACUGCAGCGACCACAGAAGAAUUAGAGAAGAUGACAAAAUUAAAGGAACAACAAGGUACUCUGGAAGUAGAGGAACUAACAUCUGUAGCAGUGAGCGAAGUGAUAUCUAAUGAAGCAGAAGACAUACUCACCUUGAAAGCCACGCCUAAGGACCAAAAAGCAGAUUUCAACAUCCUUGGUAGAGAGGCUGCUGAGACUACUCAAGUAACGACUAUAGCAGAGACAGAGGAUCUCGCCUUAAUGAAACCAGAAGAACAGAAAGGAAAGCCGAAAGUAGAUGAGCUGACUCCAUUAACAGUGUCUCACGUAGUGUCUGGUGAAGCUGAAAAAGCUUUACCGGUACCAGAAGUGCCUAAAGAAAAGACAGCCCAACCUAGUCUGUUGGCUAGAGAUGUCGCUGAGACGAUGCAGGUGUUGACAGUGGCUAGUGCUGAAGAACUACUCGCACCACAGGCUCCAGAAGAGAAGAAAGGCAAGCCGCAAGUGGAGGAGCUAGCACCUUUGACUGUUUCACAAGUGGUGUCUCAUGAAGCAGAGGACACUUUGCCUACACCAGAGGUACCAGUCGAAAGAGAGGCUCAACCGAACCUAAUAGGCAGGGAUGUAGCUCAAACAAUGGAAGUACUGACUAUGAGUAACGUGGACAUCCUAACAGAAGACAAGAAACCUGGUGAACAAAGAGGAGUCCCUGGCCUGGAAGAGUUUGUGCCCCUCUCAGUAUCGCAAACGGUGUCCACUGAAAUGGAGGACGUACUGCCUAGUCCAGAGGUACCAACAGAGAAGAUGGCACAGCCAAGCUUGCUUGGUCGUGAUGUAGCUGAGACAAUGCAAGUGUUGACCAUGAUCAGUACUCAGGAGCUAACGGCGAUGAAAGCUCCAGAAGAACAGAAAGGCAAACCUAACGUCGAAGAACUGACGUCGUUGACUAUUUCUCAGACAGUGUCACACGAAACAGAAGAGGUGUUGGAGAAGACGAUCACACCUAGCACGGUGACAGCUAAGCCAGCGUUAACCGGCAGAGAAGUAGCUGAGACAAGCCAGGUCCUAACCGUAAGCAACGUCGAGGAAUUAGAGAAACCAGUAUUACCUGAAGAACAGACAGGAAAACCGAGUUUAGAUGAGCUGACAUCGUUAACAGUUUCACAGAUAAUCUCUAGUGAACUAGAAGACACUCUGCCAUCUCCUGAAAAGCCCAGUGAGAAGAUUGCUCAGCCCCAGAUGAUAGGAAGAGAGGUAGCAGAGAAAACUGAAGUCCUCACAGUUACAAACGUUGAGGAGCUACAGAAAUUAGAAAAACCAGAGGGCCAAAGAGGCAAGCCUGACGUAGAAGAAUUGAGCUUCAUCACAGUAUCAGAAGUCGUCUCCACAGAGAAAGAAAAGGAAAUGCCACACCCAGAGGCUCCUAAACAGCGUAAAGCUCUUCCAAAGUUGGACAGUAUAGAAGUUGCAGAAACUUCGGAAGUACUGACCAUGACUAGCGCCGAGGAGCUUCCUAAGACCAAAGCUCCAGAAGAACAAAAAGGUAAACCUCAAUUAACAGAACUGUUGUCCCUAUCAGUCUCAGAAGUAGCUUACAGCGAAGCAGAGAUGGGACUGCCAACACCAGACGAGCCUACAACUCAAACAGCGAAACCAAGUCUCUUUGGUAUCCAAGUCGCUCAGAAGUCUCAAGUGAUACCAUCCUCAGGUACCGAAGAGUUAGAGGUAGCUGAGAAACCAGAAACCAAAAAGAUAAUACCCGAACAGAUUCCAUUUGAAGGUAUCGAGCUAUUGCAACCACUGCCACAGGAAAGUGAAGGCACGCUUGUAGUAGAGAAAACAAGCAAAACAGCAACGGCUGAGGUUUCAUUCCAAGUGUCAGAGAGUUUAGAGGUGACGCAGGUAACUGCCACAGAGCAGGAAGCUAAAGAAGUGAUCAAAGGGGUAGCAAAAGAGGCUUCUGCUCAGCCUGACGUAGUUAAGAGAGAGGUUGCUCUGAAAACCGAAAUCCAGCCUGAGGACGCUGCGUCCGAGUUUAAAGUGAGCAAGCCUGAAAGUAAAACCGCCAAAGGCGUGAACGAUGUUCAGCAAGGCGUGAUAGUAACCGAGCAUCUGGCUACCGGCGAGCUCGAGUCAGAUCUGCCCGAGUCCGUAAUACCUUUCGCGAAGUUAGUGAAUGUUUCGAUCGUAGCCGAGCACCUGGAACAAGUUGUCGAUGUCGCGGAGAAGACGAUUCAACAGGAGGAAGUCGUUGAGGAAGUCGUUGAGGAAGUCAAGCAGAAGAAAGUCCCCAAGAAGAAGAAACCAGUCACGGCUAAGGAUGAGGUGACGGAAGAAAUCGUCGAAGAGAUCACGAUUGAGCAGCCCGAGAAGCAGAGAAUCAAACCCACCGUGGAAGAGGAAGAGACCGUGACAAUCACCGAAAUUGACGUGAAGAAAGCGCCGAAGAAGAAGAAAGAGGUCGUCAUAAAAGAGGAGGAAGAAAUCUUUGAGACAAUCGAGACGCCCACGCAGAAGAUCAUAAGGAAGAAAAUACGACCAAUGAAAAAGGGAGAAAAAGAGGUCGUUGUGGAAGAAAUAAUAACGAAACCAAAAGAAGAAACCAUCGAAAUGGAGGAACAACAAAUCGUGGAAGUGAUUGAAACACCGACCAAGAAGAUCGUUAAGAAGAAGAAAGCAGUUACGAAAGAAGACGGUGUUCCGGAAGAAGUUAUAGAAGAAAUUCACAUUGAGAAGCCGCAGAAGGAAAAGGCAAAACCGCUCGUGGAAGAAGAAAAAGAAACGGUUAAAGUAACUAAAGUUGUACUGAAGAAAGCCCCUGAGAAGCCGGAAGAAAUAAUCGAGGAAGAAGAAAUAAUCGAAACGAUUGAAACACCCACGAAGAAGAUCAUUAGGAAGAAACCGAAAGAGAAGAAAGACAAAGUGGUGGAAGAGGUGAUAGAAAAGACGGUAGAAGAAGCUAAAGUUAUGGAAGAACAAGAAAUAGUCGAAAUAGUUGAAACGCCUACCAAGAAAGUUAUUAAGAAGAAGAGAGCAACGGUAAAGGAAGGCAAACCAGUUGAAGAAGUCGAGGAACUUGUCAUUGAAAAACCUGUCAAGGAGAAGGCUAAAGGCGAUGUCAUUCCCAAAGAGGGUGUAGAAAUCACGGAAAUUAUAACGGAGACGCCUGUCGAAGAGCUGAAGGAAGAAAAGGUUAAGCCGGAAGAAGCCAAGCCCUCGGAGAUAAAAGAGAAGAAGGCCAAGGUGUCCGAAGUCACAGUUAAGAAGGCACCUAAGAAGAAGAAGCCAGUCACCGCGGUUGAAGCGGAAGAAGAGGAAGAAAUUGUAGAAGAAAUAACACUUGAGAAACCUAAGGAAGAAAAGGUGAAGCCAACUGUUACAGAAAAGGAAGGUGUUGAAAUCACUGAAGUAGUUACCGAAGUAACUACGGAAGAGCUGCCUGAGAAAGUGAAACCAAAGAAGAAGAAAGUAUCGGAGAUUGAAGAAAUAGAAGAAAAAGUGGUAACUAAGAAAGUACCAGUGAAGAAAGCGCCCAAAGAAGCUGUUCCGGAAACCGAAGAACAACCUGAAGAGAAAGUGGAAGAGCUCAUUCCUGAAAAGCCAAAGAAGACCAAAGCCAAGAAAGAAAUCACUCCGUCGGAAGGUAUUAUAACGACGGAAGUGGUUACUACAACCGCGGAAGAAACAUUAGAGGUCGAGAAGCCGGAAGAAGACAAAGCUUUGGUGACCGAAGAAGAACAAGAAAUAGCCAAAGUCGAAGAAAAGACUGUCACCGUUAAGAAGGCUCCAAAGAAGAAACUAAAACCGACGAAAGCUGAAGAGGAACAAGUAGAAGAAGUCGUGGAAGAAAUAACAACAGAAGAGCCUAAGAAGAGGAAGGCGAAGAAGACAGUUAUUCCAAAGGAAGAAAUAGAAACGACUGAAGUGGUAACUGAGGUUACGACAGAAGAAAUAGAAGAAGAGAAGCCAGAGGAAGAAAAGGCUGUUCCUAAGGAAGAAGAAAAGGUAGAAGAGGAAGCAAAAGUAACUGAAGUGCCUGUCAAGAAAGCGCCUAAAGAAAAGAAAAAGAAGAAGAAGGAAGAACCGAUCACAAAUGGCGAAGUAAUCGAAGAAAAACUAAAAGAAAAGGAAAUUCCUGAGGAGAAACCGGAAGAAAAGGAAAUCCCCGAAGAGAAGAAACCUGAAGUAAUUGAAAAGCCGAAAGAAGAAGUUCCAAAGGUACCUGAAGAGAAGGAAGUUCCUAAGGAGAAACCGAAGGAAGAAAAACCGAAGGUAAAGAAGCCAAAGGAAGAAAAGCCAAUAGAGGAAAAACCGAAAGACGAAAAACCGAUAGAGGAAAAACCGGAAGAGGUAAAACCGAAAGAAGAGAAACCGAUAGAGGAGAAACCAAAAGAGGAAAAGCCGAAGGAAGAAAAGCCGAAAAAGAAGAAAGUUCCUGCCGAAAAGAAACCCACUCCAUCAGAAGAGGUACAGGUAGAAGAAAAAGUGGAAGAAAUACCAGAAGAAAAACCAAAGAAGGUAAAGGCUAAAAAAGAAGUCGUUCCAAAGGAGACUAUAGAGACCACUGAAGUCAUCCCUGAAGCGGUGCCAGAAGAAUUAUCAACAAAGAAACCUGAAGAACGCAAAGCAGUACCAGUCGAAGAAAAAGAAGAAAAGGUAGAGGUGACAGAAGUUCCGACAGAAAAGGCUCCUGAGAAGAAGGAAGAAGAAAAGAAAGUGCUGGAAGAAAAACCAGUUGAGAAGGUUCCUGAAAAACCAAAGGAAGUAAAAGAAAAGAAGAAAAAGAAGAAACCAGUUAAGAAAGAUGAAAUCGAGGAAUGGGUGGAGCCAGAAUAUGAAAGACCUGUACUGGAACCAAUGCCUGAGAAGAUCCAAUGGGAACCAUCAAAGAAAAAGAAGGAAAAGAAAGAGCUACCAGCAGCUCUCCAAAAAUUGGUUCCUGAAAAGAUCGAGAGGAAAGAGAUCAAACCAACAAAAUUGAAGUACUCGGAACCAGCUGAAACGAUUCAGUUCGCUGCGAUAAAGCUGAAGAAGGUAGCAGUCACCAGAAAGAAGGAAGUAAGCAAGGUGAAGAUCCCGAAGAUCAUGUUACGCAGCACGCUCCAGUACGUCACGGAUUAUCCACCGGAAAUGCAGAUUCCUGAGAUAUCAUAUCUGGAAGAAAAUCCAGUACAAAGUGGUAUACUUUCAAGAAACACUGAAGAAGCUUUGCAGGUCUUGAAGAGAAAAGUCAAAAAGGUAAAACUUCCAGGGAAAGAGACUACAGAACUGGAAAAAUUGGAUCAGGAAUUCGAAGAAUUAAAGAAGGUUCCUUUGGAAAAGGUUGAAGACAAAUCGGUAUAUGAAAGGCCACCGAAGAAACCUGCAGAAAAGCCUGAAGAACCUCAGAAAGUGCCUAUCGGAAAGGGUAAAGUGCCAGAGGAAGAAAAAGUGGAGCCGGAAAAAGUUAAGCUAAAGAAAAUACCUGACAAGAAGCCGGAAGAAGAAGUAGAACCUCUGAAGAAACCUGUGAAGCAAGAACCGGAAGAAGAAGUCAAGCCAGAAAAGAAGAAGAAACCGAAAGUGAAAUUGGAGCACGAUGAACUCAAACCUUUGGACUUCGAGAGGCCGGAACUUGAGAAGUAUGAACCGGAAGAGUAUGAGAAACCGGAGGAACCAAAACCUGAGCCGGUGCCGAAACCAUACGAGAGAGAAGAAAAGAAAAAGCCAGAUCAAGAAAUCGAACAGGUACCGAUAAUAAAAGGUGAACCGAAACCACCUGAACCAACAGAAGAACCGGAAGUAAAGUUCAGAAUUCCGGAGAAAGAGAAGCCGGAAGAGGAAGGUGAGAAGAUAACUCUGAAACCGUGGAAGAAGGACAAGCCUGAAGAAGAAGCCGAGAAAGAGGUGCCAGUGAAAGAGAAGGAGGAAGUUCCCAAAGUGCCGAAAGAAGAAACUGAAGAUGUCACGAUUAAACGUAAAGCGAAACCAAAGAAACCUAAAGAAAAGGCUCCUAAGGAAGAAGAAGUAACGAUCAAGAAACCAGAGCCUGAAAAACCAAAAGAGGUGCCCGAAGUAACGGAAGAAGUGCCAUUGAAAAAGGAACCAGAAAAGCCUGUUGAGGAAGCACCGGCCGAAGUGACAAUCAAGAAACCAGUUGUGGAAGAAAAGGAGGUAGUAGAGGAAGAAGUUGAAGUCGUUUUGAAGAAGAAACCAAAGAAACCGGAAGAAGUGGUCGAAGAGGCUGUCGUGAAGAAACCAAAGAAGAAACCUGUGAAGGAAGAAGAAGUUGCGGAAGUGACGGUAAAAAAGCCUAUCGUCGAAGAGAAGGUGGUUGAAGAGGAAGAAGUUAAGGAAGAAGUUGUAAUAAAGAAGAAACCCAAAGAAAAACCUGUCCCUGAAGAAGUAACCGAAGAAGUGACACUGAAGAAACCGGAAGAAAAGGCACCAGAAGAAGUGACUGAAGAAAUAAAGAAACCAAAGAAGAAGAAACCUGUCAAGGAAGAAGUUGCCGAAGAAGUUACUAUUAAGAAACCGGUUGUUGAAGAAAAGAAAGAAGAAGAAGCUCCGGAAGAAGUUACCUUGAAGAAGAAGAAACCAAAGGAGAAACCGGUUCCAGAAGAAGUAACAGAGGAAGUUACAUUAAAGAAACCAGAACCGAAAGAAGAAGUCAAAGUUCCAGAAGAAAUGACGGAAGAAGUCGAAUUGAAAAAACCAAAGAAGAAGAAGCCUGUAGUGGAAGAGGCUGUCGAUGAGGUUACAAUCAAAAAGGUCGUGGUUGAAGAAAAGAAGGAGGAAGAAGUUCCGGAACAAGUCACCCUGAAAAAGAAGAAACCAAAGGAGAAACCGGUUCCAGAAGAAGUCACAGAAGAAGUUACAUUAAAGAAACCAGAACCGGAAGAAAAGGUAAAAGUUCCAGAAGAAGUGACGGAAGAAGUUGAAUUGAAGAAACCAAAGAAGAAGAAACCGGUGGUGGAAGAGGCCGCCGACGAAGUUACAAUCAAAAAGGUUGUGAUUGAAGAAAAGAAGGAGGAAGAAGUUCCGGAACAAGUCACCUUAAAGAAGAAGAAACCAAAGGAGAAACCGGUUCCAGAAGAAGUCACAGAAGAAGUUACAUUAAAGAAACCAGAACCGGAAGAAAAGGUAAAAGUUCCAGAAGAAGUGAGGGAAGACGUAGAAUUAAAGAAACCAAAGAAAAAGAAGCCUGUUGUGGAAGAAGCUGCUGACGAAGUUACAAUCAAAAAGGUCGUGGUUGAAGAAAAGAAAGAAGAAGAAGCUCCGGAAGAAGUUACCUUGAAAAAGAAGAAGCCAAAGGAGAAACCGGUUCCAGAAGAAGUGACGGAAGAAGUUACAUUGAAGAAACCUGUACCGGAAGAGAAGAUCAAAGUUCCGGAAGAAGUGACGGAAGAAGUUGAAUUGAAGAAACCAAAGAAGAAGAAACCGGUGGUGGAAGAGGCCGCUGAUGAAGUUACAAUUAAGAAAGUCGUGGUGGAAGAAAAGAAGGAGGAAGAAGUUCCGGAAGAAGUCACCUUAAAGAAGAAGAAACCAAAGGAGAAACCGGUUCCAGAAGAAGUAGCAGAGGAAGUUACCUUAAAGAAGCCAGUGCCAAAGGAAAAAGAAAAAUCACCAGAAGAAACAACCGAGAAAGUAGAAAUAAAGAAACCAAAGAAGAAGAAACCUGUGGUAGAGGAAGUUGCCGACGAAGUGACAAUCAAAAAGGUUGUCGUAGAAGAAAAGGUAGAAGAAGAAGCCCCGGUGGAAGUUACUCUGAAACCGAAGAAAAAGAAGUCCAUACCAAAAGAAGAGGAAGAGGAAGUCGCUGAAGUCACUCUGACGAAGCCCAAACCAGCCGAAGAAGAAAAGAAACCGGAGGAAGCUGAAGUGACUUUGAAGAAGAAACCAAAGAAGAAACCGGUCGUCGAAGAAGAAGCUGCCGAAGUAACCAUCAAGAAACUGGUACCCACUGAAGCAGAAGAAACGCCUGAAGAGGUCACCAUCAAGAAAAAGAAGAAACCCGAGAAACGACCAUCGGUCACUGAAGAAAUCGAAGAAACUUCAGUGACCCUGAAGAAAACACGCGCUCCGGAAAAGCCUGUCGAAGAAGAAGAAGUAUCAUCCGAUGUUCAGCUCAAGAAGAAGAAAACGCCACGAAAGAUCGAAGAAGUGGCAGCCGAUGAGCUCACUAUUAAAAAGGUCGAAGAAAUCGAGCAACCAGAGGAGGAAGAAGUCCACGAAUUCACCUUCAAACGUAAACCACCAAAACUACCACCUAAACUGGUCGAAGAAAUUUGCGAAGACGUCACUCUUCGAAAGUUACGACCAAAGAAGAAACCCAGGCCAGACAUCAAAGAAGUGACCGAAGCAGAGAACGUGACAUUCAGGCCGCGCAGUACCAAGACCAAAGAGGAUGUAGAACAAGAGUUCAAGAUCUCCUUGAACACGUACGAGGAGGAAGACAUCUCGAUGUCCGGUAAAGUCCGACUGAAGCCGAAGAAACGGCCGAUGACGUACUCGGAAGAAACUGGAGAAGAAACGAUCAGAAUCCUCAAGGAAAUAGAAGACGACUCAGGUCCAAUUGUUGAAGAGAUCAUAGACGAAUCGGACGAAGAGGCCAAGGACGAGUACAGCAUCGAGGAAUUGGAGACGGACGAGUUGAACCUACCACUGAGAAGAAAGAAGAAGAAAGUGGUCAAACCGUACAAGGUCGAAGACAUCGAGGAAGGCGAUGUCAUGUUGAAGUUGAAACGCGACAGGAAGUACUCGGUCGAGGAGACCGACGAGUCGCUGGAGUUAAAAUUGAAGAGCAAGAGACGCGUGUCCACAUACGACGAAGAAGAGGCCACGCUUAGUAUCACCAGGGAGGAAGACAUUUCGGAAGAAGAAGAAAUCGAGUACGUUGUCCGCGAUGGCGACAUUAUGUUCUCCAUUUGCUCGUACGUGGCAGAAACUGAUGAAGCCAUUAACCUCGUUGAAGGAGAAAGGGUUUACGUUAUUGAUCAUACCAAUCAGGACUGGUGGUUCGUGAAGAAACAUCUGACAGAAGAGAAAGGAUGGGUUCCAGCCCAGUACCUGCUUAACGAAGUACAUUACACGCUCUAUUUGCAACGCAAAUUGCACGAGAAGAUCGACAAAUUACCAGUAUUCGAAAAACCCUUGCCCGGCGAAAAAUCAUCAGCGCCAAGGUUCAUCGAGAAACUGCAACCAAUUCACACGCCGGAUGGCUAUACCGUUCAAUUCGAGUGUCAAGUAGAAGGUUUACCGCGGCCGCAGAUAACGUGGUUCCGACAGACCGCCAUCAUCAAGCCGUCCCCUGACUUCCAAAUGUAUUACGACGAAGACAAUGUCGCCACUCUGAUCAUCCGAGAAGUGUUCCCCGAAGACGCCGGGACCUUCACCUGUGUAGCAAAGAACGCUGCAGGAUUUGCGUCCAGCACCACGGAACUGAUCGUGGAAGCACCUUUGUCUGACCAUGGAUCAGAUCUAACUGGACCAUCCAGAAAGAGCCUAUCGAGAGAAUCAUCCUUGGCCGACAUCUUGGAAGGAAUACCACCCACAUUCUCUCGCAAACCAAAAGCAAAAUACGUGAACGAGGGUGACGACGUGAUACUAGAAUGUCGCCUGGUAGCAGUACCGGAGCCUGAAAUAACGUGGUAUUACAAGGACAAACAAAUCACAACUAAACAGAACAUUAUUGUCGCGACGGAGAGUGAUAUGCACAUGUACUGCAGCGUAAUUAAGAUUACCAAGGUGCAGAAAAAACAAGAAGGGAAGUAUACCAUCGUCGCUAAGAACAGGGAAGGUGAAGCCACCAUCGAGAUUCCUAUGAAGGUGAAGACCGGUAAACAAGAACCACCGGAGAUUCUAGAACCCCUUCAAUCUUACGUAGUCAGAGAAGGCGAGACAGUAGUGUUGUCUACUCAAAUUGUCGGAAACCCAGCACCUAAAGUCACUUGGUACAAGAAUGGCAAGCCAUUGAAGGGCUUGACGCCGAAACAAGAUGGCCACGUGAACACUCUGACACUGAUUCAACCCCAAGUGUCAGACAGCGGUGAUUAUUCAGUGGUGGCUACCAAUGAUCUAGGCACAGUGGAGACGAAAGCCACGUUGACAGUCGAAAAAAUACCAACCGGAGCUCCCGAACCGCCACUCUUCACGGAACGGUUCCAAGAACUUACCGUUCCAGAAAAAGGUACCUUCAGGCUGGUGGCGAAGGUCACCGGAAAUCCUGUACCGGAAGUCACGUGGUUAAGAAACAACUUGCCUCUGGAGAAGUCACCGAAUAUCAUGGAAAGCUACGACGGCGAGAAUAUUGUACUCGAAAUUCGAAAUGCAAAUUCGGAGGUGGACGCCGGAGAUUACAAGUGUAUCGCCAGCAAUCCUGUCGGAAAGGCUUCGCACGGUGCGAGGGUAACGGUGGACGUCGACAAAGUGACGUUCACGAAGGAACUGGAGAAAGAAGUCAUCGUCGACGAGUACAAGACUCUGGAAUUGACCUGCGAAACGUCUCACACGGUAUCGACAAAAUGGUGGCACAACCACAAAGAGGUCAGCGGUAUGGACCACCGCGAGAUCAUUCAAGAAGGUCACGUGCACAAGUUGGUGAUCAAGAAAACGAGUCCCACGGACGAAGGUUUUUACGAGUGUACUGUUAAAAAUCAAUCAACGGCCAGCAAUGUCACGGUGAAAGCCACUAAACCAGAAUUCGUGAAGAAACUACAAGACUGCGAGGUGAAGGAACGGGAUGUCGCCAUCCUGGAGGUCGAGAUUACAUCCCAGUCGGCCGACGUUAAAUGGUUCAAAGAUGGAGAACCAUUGGGACCGAGCAAGGAGAAGUUGGAUUUCGUGAAAGAUGGCACUGUGAGAAAGUUGCUGAUCAGAAGCACGUCUGUGCACGAUGAAGGUGAAUACUCUUGCACCCUCAUGGACGAAACAUGCUCAGCAGAGGUCACCGUUAUCGAAUUACCACCAGAAAUCAUUACGAAGAUGCAAGAUGUGACCAUAGCGAGAGGUGAGAGAGCAACUUUCGAAAUCGAGGUGACGAAAGGGGACGCCCUGAUUCGAUGGUUCAAAGACGGUCAAGAAUUGCAAUUCUCCGAGCAUGUACAAUUGUCCAUCGAUGGUAAAAGACAGAAGCUCAAGAUCUAUGACACAGAACCAGAAGACGCGGCAGUAUACUCUUGCGAAGUCGGAAAACAGACUUCGUCGGCCAGGUUGACUGUAGAAGAACCUGGAGUGGACUUCAUCACAAAGUUACCGGAUGUGACCUUGGUACCGUUGAAUGCUGAUGCAGUUUUCACCAUCGAACUGUCUCAAAACGUGCCGGUCACAUGGCAUAAAAAAACGGAGGUCAUCAAGGAAUCAUCGAAAUAUACUAUUAUCGAUGAGGGUACCGUAAAGAAAUUAAUUGUCAAGAAGUGCACGAUCGAAGACAUCUCGGAAUACACAGCUGUGGUUACCAACGUAAAGACAUCAUCGAAAUUGAGAGUUGAAGUCAUCGAAACGCCACCAAAGAUCAGUCCAGACACACCGACGAAAUACAAAGUCAGAGAGGGCGAGGACGUCGAGAUCGUCGUGAAAUUCACUGGAACCCCGAAACCGAGCGACGAAUGGACGGUGAACGGUACUGUAGUUACAAAAUCGAAACGAGUGGUACCAUCGCUCGACGAGGAAUGCGCGAGCCUGACCAUCAGGAAGAUCCAAGAAGAAGAAGUCGGCAACUACACCUUGAAAUUGUCGAACCAAGUCGGCGAGACAAGUAUCGAAAUCAGCGUCGUCAUAGUGCAUGUACCGAGUGCACCAGGAGCACCAGAACCACUCGAAAUCACCACUGACAGUGUUACGCUUCAUUGGAAGAAACCAGAUUCAGACGGUAACUCACCUAUCAUCGAAUACAUUCUUGAACACCAAGAGAAGACUGAAACUUCGUGGACCAAAAUUACAGAAAAGAUAGUAGAGACAACUCACAAAGUAACAAAAUUAAUCACCAACAACGAGUACACCUUCCGCGUGACUGCAGUAAACGAAGCUGGUCCAGGUGACAUAUCACCAACGUCUCCAUACAUAAAAAUAUCAAAACCAUCGGCCACGGAACCACCAGUCGUGCUGGAACCACUGAAGAGUGUCAUUGCAAGGCUAAACGAAACUGUUACACUUUCGUGCAUCAUUGGUGGAACGCCAACUCCGGACAUCACUUGGUUGAGAAAUGGUGAAACCUUUGAAGACAGUGCCAUCACGUACGAGAACCGCAUGGCGAAGUACACCAUCACGAAAACAACGGAAACUUCGUCAGCAACGUUCACAGUGAAAGCGAAGAACAAUCUCGGAACAGCAGAAACAACGUGCGAACUGAAGGUGCAAGAACCACCGAAGAUCAACUACGACGAAACCUUGGCAAGCCAGAAUCUACCUGUGAACAACCAAUGGAAGAUCGAAGUGCAAACCAGCGGCUUCCCGAAACCGGAAGUAACGUGGUCGAAGAACAGCAAGAAGAUCGUCGACAAACACGUUUCUAUUCAGACCGAGGAGAGGACUUCUACCAUUCUUAUUGCUUCCCUUAUCAGAGAGGACACUGCUACUUACACGGUAAAAGCGAGCAAUCAAGCUGGCAGUUCCUCGGUUGAUCUACAUCUUCGAGUAAUCGACAAACCGAGCAAACCACAAGGACCAAUUGUCUUCAAAGAAAUCAGGCAAGACCGCGUUACACUCGAAUGGCGGCCACCAGCCGACGACGGCGGUAUUGAGCUUGAAAAGUACACCAUCGAAAAGUGCGAGCCGGGUAAAGCCUGGGUCAAAGUGGUCGACAUCGAUAAGGAGGUUGAAAGCUUCUGCGUGCACAAACUGCAACAAGAUGCAGAAUACAAGUUUAGGAUUAUUGCGAGGAACAUUGUCGGAGCAUCGGAACCAUUGGAAUCGGACACUGUCAAGAUGAGAACUUCCUUCGAGCCACCGGGGCCACCAAGAGGACCGCUAGAAGUGUCAGGAAUGACGAAGACAUCGUUCACGAUAAAAUGGCAGCCUCCGGAGAACGAUGGCGGAACGCCGAUCACGGAAUAUAUCGUCGAGAUGAAAGAAGAAUCGAAGAAGGCUUGGCAGAAGAUUGGCACUACUAAAUACGAGGUAACCCACUUAAUCGUGUCAGACUUGAAAACAGAUGUGCCGUACAACUUCAGGAUAACAGCGAAAAACAGUGUUGGCACCAGUCCUCCUUACGUAGCCGAAGAACCGAUCACACCCGGCAAACGACCCACACCACCAUCGAGCCCAAAGAAUGUGCAAGUGACGAACGUUACCAGCAAGAGUGUCACUUUGAGCUGGGCACCACCUGCCAGCAAUGGCGGCACAGAACUCACAGGAUACGUUAUCGAGAAGAGGCCAUUAAUCGGUAAAGGCGCAAGAUGGACGAAAGUCGUUACUUUGGACGCCACAACGCUUCAAUAUUGCGUUGAAAAUUUGAAAGAAAGCGAAUUCCUCUUCAGAAUCUUUGCAGAGAAUAACCAGGGGCUCAGUUUACCAACGAACUCUGAACCAGUUACCCUGAAGACACACGCCACCGUACCAUCACCGCCGACUGCACCGUUGGAGAUCAGGCAAAUCGCAGCGAACACGGUAGUGAUUUCCUGGGGCAGACCAGAAAGCGACGGUGGCGCGCCAUUGGAGGGUUACAAAAUCGCCAUCAGGGACGCGAAGAAGACAAUGUGGAUGGAGGUUGGCAGAGUAACUGCCGAAGUACAGAAACUGAACAUCAGGGACCUCCAGGAGAAUCAUAUGUACCUGAUCAGGAUCUACGCGAGGAACGAGAUCGGUCUUAGCGAUCCUUUGGAAUCUGAUGAACCCGUCCAUAUUCUUCCCGCUUCCGAAUUAUCAGUAAUAGAGCCAAUCGCAGAGGCCACCGAGAAGGGUGAAACAGCAUCGGUGAGCUUCAGCACGGAAAACACGAGCUCUUGGCUCCGCGAGCACAACAUGGACGCCGACAUUCACUCGUACGCGAGGGCGAGGCUUCUCAGGAAAGACGAAUACUUCUUCCGCAUUUGGCAUUACGCUAAGAAGCUCUUCGAAUAAGCAUUUUUACGGUUUAACGGCGAAGAAAGUAGGAAACAGAUCCCGUUUGUUCUCCUUUUUAUUGAGGACCACGAAACAUUUCAGACGUAAGCGACAAUGAAAGAAAACGACAAGGAACAGCUUCAACAAUCAUCCAUCGAAAACAAUUUCUUCUAAACAGUGAAUGAUUAUCAAUUUUCUUCUUCCGCGAAUUUUUCUACGGCUUCUAACGUUAAUUUUCGAUUGUUGAUCUCUCACGUGAACAUCAUACUUAGAUAACGCGACAAAAGGAUAAUAGCGACGUUAUCAUAACCGUUUCUCUAUAGAGUCGGACGCGUAGCGACUAGAUUUAAUCUAAGAGUCGAUACUGGAUGGGUGUAGAAUCUAGUCAACGUAGAGUUAUAUAUAUUUUUUUUUCUUUUAUUUUCGUUCUGUCGACGGACCAAGACUUCCUCAUAUCGUGAAUCAACUCAAAGAAACUCGAGUACGUUACCUAGUACUCCUGAUUCUCCAGACAAUAACUGUUCUUUUUUACUAGAAACCGUGUCAUUGGGCAGUUCGACGUGAAUGGAGAGUACACUUCGAGACGUUUCGCUUUUAAACGUAACCAAGAAACCGUAUUUGAAUCUUCGAUGAUGGCUUCUUUGAGAGUAACACGUGCAUUUCUUCUUAAAACGAAAUUUUCGUGUAUUUUAACUACCGAUCGCGUAUUUACGUACUUUAUAUCGUAGAUGGCACCGUCGUGAAGCUUCAGUAUACAGUUUCUUCGCUGCGUUUCUAUAUAUAUAUAUAUUUUUUUCUCUUUCUCGAAUGAAAUUAUCGUUAAAUAAAUUAUUAAGCUCAACUAUUAAGCGGAAGUGAAUCGAAGUAUACUGUCCAUCGCGCGAGUUUCCAACUGCCAGAACUCUGGACGACAAUGUCCUGGACUUUCUCGAGAUUCCUUAGAAAAAAUGCAGUCAAGAAUCGUCAUGACAAAUCAACCGAAACCCCCUCCCGAUAUUCUGACGAUCGAGCAACGUGAUAGUCGAUCGUGAAAGAGUGAGAAGUGAUUUAGGAAUGAUUAAGAAUACUUGAAUCCCCCCCUCGUCCGCCAUCCUCUCCUGCACACAAAUCCUUGAUACCUCGUCGAGUCCCACAUCCUUUGUAUAUGUAUUUAUAUAUCGCGAGCGGAAAGCAUCGUUCAGUUAUUCACCCGAGUUUGCGAGGAUUACUUUUAGUAUUUAUUCGUAAUAUAUAAUGUAUAUUUAAUUGUUACUCGUUAUCAUUACCGUUAUAAUAAUUAUUAAAUGAUUGGCGCCGGCCAUUGAACGGCCGGUGUCGACGCGACUGGUCAACAAGACUAGAAUAUUAUACGGAACGGAGCAAUGCCACGCGUGGUUGGUGUCCCGAGACGUAACAAAAUAUAGGUGCAUGAACAACAACAAUAAUUCACCAACGACGUGUCGCAUACUCCGCGUUACAUACUGUAAGACAUUUUUUGC